AACCUCCUCCUAAAUUUCCCUCUUUGUGGUAAUAAAAGGCAGGAAAGAGAGACAACAGGAAAUAAAUACAUAAAUAUUUUGACAAACAAGAACCAAGAAUUGAAACAAUGGCUCAACUUGAUGGUAUUCACCGAGGUGAAAAUCCUAGAGCUCCUUCUUCCCCAACUACUGUUGAACAAUUUGUGCGAGCUGGAGAAGCUUCAAGAUGGACACCACACACAUUGCAACCAUUUUCUAAAGAACAUGACAUGGAGGAUGAUCAUACGCACCACAGAAAAUCAGUUCUUGCAAGAGUGAGGGAAAAGGCAAGAAAAUGGCGGAAUACUCUUAGCAAGAAGAAGCAUAAUGCGGAUGGUAAUGCUACACCCUCAUGGGGUGUUAGCUUGGAAGAUUUGGAUGAAGAGGAAGAUGAAGAUCCUGAAUAUCUUGGAGCCCCAAUGUAUGAAUCGGAGAUGGCACCUGAGGGCUACAGAGAAACAGCUAGACAACAUCCAAGAGCAGUUCCUGUGAUAUCUGAGAAGCAUAUUUUGUCUAACAUAGCAGCAGUAAACGCUAAUGACUCUAUUCGAAACCGUUCGUUAGCAGCAAACGCUAAUAACUCUUUUCGAACCCGUUCCCGUUCUCCUACCAAUCAGAAGUUUCCCAUUUAUCGAAGGUCUCUUUCUUUUCAAUUACCCAGAACAAUUUCGGAAACAGUAGCAGAAAAAUUAGCACCAGCAUAUGCAACUGUAACUGAAGCUACGUAUGCAUUUGCUUCAAAGAUUCAAAGUCUCACUCUUCCAACACAAGAAACAAAAGAAGAAACACCAACAGAAUCGAACCCAACAAGCCCUAAAGCAAAAGCAUUAACACCACAUGAAUCAGAACAAGCAGAAUUGGAAAAAGAAGCACCAGGCUCAGUACCUUCAGGAGUUGGAACCAAUGGAGAGCAAAUAUGGGAUAAAGGAGUAUCAGUGAAAGAGUAUUUAAUGAAUAAGUUGGAGCCUGGAGAGGAUGAGAAAGCUCUUUCUCAAGUUAUAUCUGAAGUAAUGAGUCCAAGAAAAACUCCUAAUGAUGUUAGCGUUGUGGUGAAGGUGAAAGAGGCUGUAACUUCUUUGCUUAGGAGUGAUGAAUCUUCUAAACCUGUAGCUUGUCAUUCUUCUCAUAACUCAUCAUCUCAUAUUCCCAUCUCAACUAAUGUUCACGAAGUUGUUGAGGAAGAGUCCAAUGGAAGAAUACUUCAAGCCAACUGAAAGAUGAAGUCAAAGGCUAAUAAAAACUCAUAUGUAUUGAUGAUAAACGGUUUACCAAGAUUGUUUUUCAUUUGUCAUAAUUCAUGUUUAGUCACAUUCUUGUUCUAAUAAUAUGCUUUUGGUUUGAAAGAAAAUAUGCAUUAUGCAAAAGUUUCAAAGAUAAAAAAAUGCAACCUAUUAAUCAA